CUCAAUGCCUCCGACAUGUUCCCCUUCCUCACAACGCGUUUCAUUCCUCGCAGACUCUGCACAAUUUUCUUCCGUCAGAACCCAGUGGGAAAACCCUCAUGACAUCCUUUCCAUCCUCAUGAUUAUCGGCGGUGACAUUGUUCAACGAGCAGUCGCGCAACUCGCCGGCUCUCGCUUUUCAUUCACUCCUGUCGCCUUCUCCUUCGGUUGGGUCGCGUACUCCAUCAAUGCUGUCUGUUCGGCCAUCGGAGAUGGGCGCCUCAUGCCCGCAGUAGAGGGCUCGUUCAUGCUUGUGAACGCGAAAAAUGGGUAUACCCGUACAAUCCAGUCAUGGGUCCUCGCACGGCUCGUUCGGGAUCAUCGAUCGCACGAGGGAGGAAAACAUAGUCUCUCGAUUUUCUUCUACCGAACUUCAUCUACGCGGCCUAUCGGCGUGACAGACACAGAUUGGGUUUAUUGCAGCGGAGUUGCCGUCAUGAUCGUUCAAGCGGGUAUCGCCGUCAUACCAGGCGUUCUGCACGACAAUUGGGUCACCCUCAUUCUUACUUUAACAGGCACUGUGCUGGCCCUCGUGGGAGGUGCGUGGCCACAAUGGUAUGCAGAAAAAUGGUCAGCCCGCCCGCUGCUGCCCGGCAACAAGAAAGGCGAAGUUGUCAUCCUGACAAGGGGGAAUGGUAGCAAAGAGGCCAUCGUUAUCAUAAACGAACACGGAGGGCUACGGCUAGAGGACCUCGCGGCUGAACGGGACGUGCGCUCGCAGUGCACUAUCAUCUUCACCUCUCUGCUAGCAGUCCUGUGGAUAGUGCACCUGCUCGUCGUCGCUAGCCUUCAGAACGAUGCGUGGUAUCUUCUCGCGGUGGGCGCAUUGGGCAUGACACAGAAUAUUGUCGCAGCAGGGGCGCGACGCAGUCCAGGCGCGCUUGGGAUACAUCUGGAGAAGGGUGAAGUGGUUCAUAAGGAGAAGGUUUUUUUGACCUUGCAGGCAGCAGAGGCGCGUCAGCGACAUGUGGGAUUGUCGCUCCUUCCUAUAUUUUUUCCUGGCGGGCUUCGAAAGGAAGAGGAAGACUGGAGGCAAUCCAAGUUAGCCGAAUACGAUGAGAACCGAUCUAUUCUAGGGUCUGUGGCCAUGCCUGUCAUUGAGUCGGAUACAGACGAGAAGGACGAUGUUUUCACAUCUGUCAACUCUUCACCCGCAGACAACUGAAAAGAUUUCUAACCCACGAAAGCAUACAACCCAUUGGCGAUGUAGAUCUCCCGCUAGACACAGGAUUCUAUAUCUGAAAUUUUUUGGUUUUGGGCGAAUUGUUCCAUGUCUGAGUGUAAAUGAUAUUUUCUCCAGGCAUAGUUAAAUUUAUAAUCUUAUGAGGCCAAGUUCCUUGGCAGGACCUUUAGCUCAAUCGGUAGAGCGUUGUACUUAUGAGGUUAACCUACUUGCAUGCAAAUGUCCCGAGUUCGAUUCUCGGAAGGUCCACUUUUUAUUUCUGACAAUAGCAUCUUCUUGCAGCACAGCUAUCGUGACCCAAACAUUUUGCCU